CUGUUCUCGCAUUUGCUUGGUGUUUCUUUUUCUUUGAAUUGUCCGGGUUCUCGAGUGCCAGGUGCAGAUCCGCAAUCAAUAGAGAGAAACUCCAAUCAAUGCUGCCUCUCCUUAUUGAUAGCUGAUUCUUUUGUUACAUUCCCGUUGCUCUAUUUCGCCGUCAACCCUCUCCUUUUUGAUUGGCGCCUCACCCACGGAUACCCUCGACUUACAACUGCACUGAAUUUCUUUGUCGCAAGUAGAUCAUCAUGCCUCCGAAAUCGAGAUUCACAAGGCUCGAUGCCUUUACCAAGACGGUCGAUGAGGCAAGAAUUCGAACGACAAGUGGUGGUAUCGUCACUAUCGUGUCGCUACUAGUGGUCUUGUUCCUGUCAUGGGGUGAAUGGGCAGAAUAUCGACGCAUUGACAUACACCCGGAACUGAUUGUGGACAAGGGAAGAGGAGAGCGCAUGGAGAUUCACUUAAAUAUCACAUUCCCCAAGAUGCCCUGCGAGCUCUUGACUCUGGACGUUAUGGAUGUAUCUGGCGAACAGCAACACGGAGUCAUGCACGGAGUGAACAAGGUCCGCCUCCAGCCUGCUAAUCAAGGCGGUGCCGUUAUCGAUUCCAAGUCUCUUGCGCUCCACGACGAGUCCGCUGACCAUCUCGAUCCCUCAUACUGUGGUGGCUGUUACGGUGCCCAGCCUCCUGCCAAUGGUCGAAAGCCCGGGUGCUGUCAGACUUGCGACGAAGUUCGUGAGGCCUAUGCACAGUCCUCAUGGGCCUUUGGUCGUGGCGAGGGCGUUGAGCAGUGCGAGAGAGAACACUAUGGCGAGAAGUUGGAUGCGCAGCGCGAGGAGGGGUGCCGUAUCGAGGGUGGUCUGCGUGUGAACAAGGUCAUUGGUAACUUCCACUUUGCUCCCGGCCGAAGCUUUAGCAGUGGCAACAUGCACGUCCAUGACUUGAAGAACUACUGGGAUGUCCCCAAGGGCAAAUCGCACGACUUCACUCACUAUAUUCACUCUCUCCGCUUUGGACCUCAACUGCCCGACAACAUUGCCAAGAAGGUUGGCACCAAGAGUUCGCUUUGGACCAACCACCACCAGAACCCUCUCGACAACACGCGCCAGGAGAUUCACGACCCCAACUUCAACUUUAUGUACUUUGUCAAGAUUGUGCCUACCUCCUACCUUCCUCUUGGCUGGGAUAGCAAGGGUAUUAAGAUUGCUGGUCUUUUGCAGGAUGACAACGCUGGCCUCGGAGCCUAUGGUUACUCUGAAGACGGCAGCGUUGAGACUCACCAGUACUCUGUGACUAGUCAUAAGAGAAGUCUGGCGGGUGGUAACGAUGCCGCUGAGGGUCACGCAGAGCGCCAGCACACCAGUGGUGGUAUUCCUGGCGUUUUCUUUUCCUACGAUAUCUCGCCCAUGAAGGUCGUUAACCGUGAGGAGAAGGCCAAGACUUUCAGUGGUUUCCUGGCCGGACUUUGCGCCAUCGUUGGUGGAACCCUGACUGUUGCUGCUGCUGUGGAUCGAGGACUGUUUGAGGGUGCGGCCCGUAUCAAGAAGAUGCGGACCAAGGACCAGUGAACGGAAAAUUAGCCCGUUUAUGUCUACAAUGCGAGAGGGGCUUGGUUUGACGGAUGGGCUUUGACGAAGGUGUCCAUUGGUGGGAGCAGUUGUAUGUAGAUAUUGCAAAAGUCCACUGCUAUAUGCGUUGGCGGGUAGGC